CGAGCGCAUGCGCAAUUCAUUGUUUUGACUGAAAAUGCCGUCGGUUUCGAAAACGGCGGCCAAUGCGUCCCCUCAAACCGAGAAACCUACCCACUAUACAUACUUGAAGGAGUUCAGGACAGAGCAGUGCCCGUUGUUCCUCCAGCACAAGUGCACGCAGCACAGACCCUUUACGUGCUUUAAUUGGCAUUUUCUCAACCAGCGGCGAAGACGACCAAUAAGAAGAAGAGACGGAACUUUUAACUACAGCCCCGACGUGUACUGCACGAAAUACGACGAGACCACAGGCAUUUGCCCAGAUGGAGACGACUGUCCUUAUUUACACCGGACCACUGGUGACACAGAGCGCAAGUACCAUCUACGCUAUUACAAGACUGGCACUUGUAUCCAUGAGACAGACGCUCGAGGGCAUUGUGUGAAGAAUGGCCUCCACUGUGCUUUUGCUCACGGGCCACAUGAUCUCCGACCUCCAGUCUAUGAUAUCAGAGAGAUCCAAGCACAAGAGGCUCUUCAAAAUGGACAGUUGGGAUCUGGGGAAGGUAUUCCUGAUCUGCAGCCGGGUGUAUUAGCCAGCCAAGCUAUGAUUGAGAAAACUUUGACAGAAGACCCCCGGUGGCAAGAUACCAACUUUGUUUUAGCCAACUAUAAAACAGAUCAGUGUACUAAGCCCCCAAGACUAUGCAGACAGGGCUACGCUUGCCCACACUACCACAACAGUAGAGAUCGAAGACGAAAUCCUAGAAAGUUCAAAUAUAGGUCAACUCCUUGCCCUAAUGUGAAACAUGGAGAUGAAUGGGGCGAGCCCUCAAAGUGUGACAGUGGAGACAGCUGCCAGUAUUGUCACUCUCGCACUGAACAGCAGUUUCACCCAGAAAUCUACAAAUCUACCAAAUGCAAUGAUAUGCGACAAACUGGAUACUGUCCCAGAGGACCUUUUUGUGCAUUUGCACAUGUAGAAAGAAUUCCCUCUACAGAAGAGACCAUGAGCUCAUUGUUAACAGUGAUACAGUCAAGUUCACAGUCUCAGAUGGGCUCUCAGCAGUAUUCAGAGUGUCCAGUCAGUGAGUGGAACAGUGGAGGCAACUCCACCACCAACGCAACCAGUAGCAACGGACAAGUAGGAAGUGUUUCAUGUUCUAAUAGCUCAACUGUAACUUCAAGCUCAGGAAGCGACAGUUUGUUAUCCCCAGUGGGAUCCAUCAGCAGGCCCAAAUCCUUAACUAAUAGUAGUUUAUGUUCAGAGUCCACCACAUCCAGUGUCUCCUCUCUGACGUCUAACUAUCCUAAAGCUCCGGGCUUUGAACGUGAGGAUCAGAUUAAGAACAAGGGGCAGGUGGAUCAAAAAUUGAUGGACCAAGAAAAACAGACACAAAAUACUGUAUUCUCUGCGGUGAACCCUUUGGCAUCAAGCUUUACCUCCAGUAUAACAUCCAGCUUGGCCUCUAGUAUUGGCUCAGAUAGUUCUUCACCUACCACCUUAUCAACAAUGAAUGCAAAAGCCACUCCUUUCUAUCCAGGGAGCAACACUGUGGAGUCUGUGAUAGAUGUGUUUUGUUUUUCCUCAGGAUCCGCUCUAGACCUCAACUUUAGUGACAUCAAUGUUGCAUCUCUCGAUAAGGAGUUGGAGGAGCAAGACAACAGUAUAGGAUUGACAAGUCAAAGGGUGCUAGGUGGAUCUGCUCCGGUUAACAUUCCAGGUUCCCUGGCACGAUCAUCCUCUUUUAAUUCAUCAUCAUCACUCUCCACCUCCCCACUAAGCUCCCUCUCCCAGUCUCUGUCACAGUCCCUGAUGUCUGGGACAAUAUCGCAGCAAAAUCAACCUUCAAACAUGUUAGCCAAGCAAGAGCAUGGCCUCCUGGGAACACCCACCUCCUCUUCCCAGAAUUCUUUGGGCUUGAAUGGAGGGGCUAGCAACAUCUGGGACUUUGUAAGUGGCAGCUUUUCACCGAGUCCGUCUCCAGUUUUCAGCAGCCUAACCUCCACAACCAACAGUGCUGAUCUGGCCCGCCUUUUUAGAGAGCUGGACGAGGCCAAGAGGAAGAUCAAACAAUGGGAGGAGGCCUGGCAACAGGUCAAACAAGCCUGUGAAGCUUGCCAGAAAGACGCUCAUGAAGCAAAGGAACAAGCAAAAACGGCCGAGGCAGAGCGGCAGCUGGCAGAACAGAAAUGGGAGGAAACAGAGCGCAAGCUGAAAGAGCUCCAAGGGGACUUUGAUGUGCUUUGUCGCACCCCUGGAACACCUCUUCUACGUAGCUACGGAGAGCUGGAGCAGCUCCCCUUGUCAAAGCUUCACUCCAUCCAGAGUCAGCUGCGUAAUGACCUAGAUCUUAUAGAUGGGGUAAUAUAUCAGCUUCAGUCAAAGAAAUGUAUAGUUUGCCAAAAGCAUGAUCGUUGCAUUGUUCUGCAGCCUUGCCAACAUUAUGUACUAUGUGAGAACUGUGCACCUAGUAAAACAGAAUGUCCCUACUGUAGAACAAAAAUAUUGAAGUGGUGAUGUACAGUUACUCAAGGUACUAUUUAAAGAUUUAGCCCUUUGAAAAACUACUAAUAGAUAGAUUUUCUAAAUAGCAAUGUCUGUUUCAUACAGUGAUUGAAUUAAUUUAGAAUAAAAUGAUGUUUGACUGACAAAACAAAUAGUAUUAUGAAUCAGACUGUGUUCAGGGGAUUCAAUCAUUAUAGUUUUUGCUCAUAUUAUGUGUACAUUACCUGUUCAACCAGACAGCACUCAAAUUAGAAUAUUAAAUUACCUUACGAUGCCCUUUCUCAACUCUUCAGUUGUGAUUCAGUCACUCUAAUGGACAUAACUCAUUUUGUUUACACUUUUUUAUGAAUGCACUCUGGCUAAACACAUAAUGCAGUUGUGCUUUCACCAAACAAAAUGCAAAUAAGCAUUGCCACCCUGACAUAUUGCUCUUACAAUAAACACAGAUCUACAAAAAAAUAAUAAUAAUUGCAAACAGGACCAAUAAACUUGGUAAAAACCUGUAUACACAAAUACAGUAAUGAGUGUGAGUUUGUAUUUCUGCCCCGAUGUUUUGAUAUUAAUGGAUUUGAAAUACUUUACUGCGCUUUUAAUAAAUUAUUGACUGAUUUGGAAAUAGUGAUAAAUCUCUAGGUUGAUAUCUACUUAAUGCACUUAAAGUCCGCAUUUCAACCUCAACCUUUCAGAAAUUAAGUCAAUAAAAUGUUUUAGUAAAUCAGAGAUGCUUGUCUUUGGAGAAGGAAAACUUACUGUAACUUGAAUAUUAUAUCUUAACUGAAAAUAGUUCUAGUUUUAAAAAUGCAUAUAAAAAGAACUGUCCUUUUCAUACUAUAAGUCUUAAGGUAAUUUUUCAGUCAUCCUCAGGGUGGAAGAAGUUUGAAAAACAAAGUAUCCUUUGUGAUAAUAUCAAGGGGAGUAGCCCUGUAGUCCACUGACCUGCACAGGGGAAUUUGAAUAUGAACGGUUCCCCAUUGUGGACAAAAUAAUCCCACACAUUGAUAGAGAAAUAUAGACAUUUGUUGAUAUUUUACCAUAAUAGCUCAUGCCAUAGGUAUUUCAGGUUGGUAGCUCAAAAGCAAGGAAAUCACUGUAAAUAUUAGAAAUACUCCGGUGAUGUUAACCAUAAAAUGGGCAAAACUCAAAACAGAUUUUUCUUUAAUUAAAGAGGAACAAAUUAAGAAACCAGACUUUCAAGAACCGGAAUGUGACUGAUACUUAAUUCAGUAAUCAUAUUUUUGUUUUAGCCUAAUUAGUCUGGAUUGUGAAAUGGGUCGCUGAUGAACUAACUUCAUUGUCCCAGAAAGCACUUGAUGCUCAGAAGCUCCAUGCCCUGAGAAAUGAAUACAUUCCUGCAUUCAGCUGUACGUGGAGUAAUUGAUGAAAGAAUAGAACUCUUCCUCCAAAGUACUGUCCAAAUAUAUAAACUGGUUUGAUUUGUAAAAUGUUUCACAAAUCUAUUGCGGUAUUAGUGCCGAACCACACCUGUAUCUGUAAAUCAGACUAAACCAGGAAACAAAACAAAUGCAUGUUGAACAGUGUUCCUCUUUAAGUAAAGCCACAUUUUCUUAAACCCAAAUUUUCUUUAGCAAUGUUUUUCAGUGCAACCAGUCAAGCAUCAUUAUUUUGACCAACUUUCUGAAGACGUUUGAUUUCUUACUAAAGCACUUUGUUGACCUGGGACUUUAUUAAAGGGUAUAUAGAAAUUUGCUUUAAGCUGCUUUGUAGGUAUUCUUUUGUGUCUUUUUUAGAUUUAUAAUUUUUUUUCUAUAUAAGCUAAUGUCUGAAGCUUUUGUGUGUACUGUGAAACAUCAUUUGAAUAUUUCAUGUUUCCUAUUGUUAAAUCAUGGCAUGGUUCUACAUAUUAAGAUUUCAUAAAAAAGUACUUAAUAGUUUCUACUUUCAUAGUUAGAUUUAUAAAAUUUCAAUCAAAUAAGUGCAAAUUUAAGAUGCAUUUUAGGCAUAACCAGCAGCUAUAAUAUCAGUAAGGCACAUGCUACAUGUUAAGGCUGUUAUUCAAUCAGUUAGUUUUGUUUUGUAGAGAUUUAUAUAGCCUAGCCAUUAGAGAAGCAUGUAUUGUAUUUGCUAAAAGCCUGAAAUGGUGAUUUUUGUAGGAAUCUAGCCUCUUGACCUUGUCUAGAACAUAUCGGCCUCUAACUCGAAAGUGCCUUGCCUUAGUUGAAAAGGUUAUGUGUAGAAUUGUCAGAGCAAACACAAGUAGUUGAAGCUUGUGCACAGGUUUCUGCAUAAUGUGUCUUGUUAAACUUUGCAGAAGCAUUGAAAUGUGUAUGACUAUAUGUGUAUAUAUAAAUAUAUGCCAGUGUGUUUGGCCCAAUCCCAUUAAGUAUUUCUGCGCAAGAUAAUUGAAAACAAACAUUGUCAGUUCCUGUGUCCUGACUUCAACCUUAGAAACGAACCUUCACUCUCCCCUCCAACUACCCACACACUCAUUCCUUGGUCGUGGUGCUCUUUUGGUGCAGCUUCAGGCUUUGAAAUUAGGUUUUUCAAUUUAACGCUUGGGAGUAUGCAAACAGGACACAUGAAUUUGUAUAGUAACAUAUAAAAAUGCUUUUUAAACAGUUCAGUAACUUUAAUUUGUUUUAUUGUAAUAAUUCUGCAGCGGUUGAAGAAUUCUGUAGUUAACUUGUAGGUUGGAUUUUGCAUAGCAUUUGUGAUUAGGUUCCUCUAAUUGAAAUGACCUUCUACUGUGUUCAAAAAUCUUUUUAUUCUUGCUUUAAAUUCAAUAGAAAAUCAUGUAUCUCCAGGUACACCUUUUGCUACUUAUGAAUAUGGGAAGAUGCAUUGUUUACAUUCACAUAAAUGACAAUUAAGCAACUCAGAGGAAAAAUAUCAAGAAAGGUUAUGGUAUUUUAGCAUUUUCAUGAUUAUAUUACAGCAUAAAAGGCAGCCUAAACACUUCUGGUAUUGCAUGUUAUGCGAUAUAUUAACCAGCUACAAAAAAGACAAAAAAAAAAGUUUGCACUGUGUCACACUGCCAGAAUAUUUGUAUUGACUUAUUUUUAGUGUAGUAAAGGCUUAAUAACUUCUGCAAGCUUCGCUGCUACUGGAAAAGGUAUUAAUGUAGUUUCCUGUUAUACAUUUAGAUGUUUGAAUGUUGUUGUGCAUCCACAGCUCAGAUUUCAGAAACAAUCUAACUCUUAAUUUGAUUGGAUAAUUCAUUUGUAAAUGCAUUUGAGUCAAAGUUUCAGUACUUUCGUAUUUCACUUAGAAUGAUGUCACCAACCUGUACUGCUAGAUUGUCCCCUUUUUUAUUUGAUUGAAGGUAAAUGUUUUUGUUGGAUUUCUUCCCCCACCCCCAUACACUGGAUAUCAGUGUACGGUGCAGCUAAUUUCACAGGAUCCUUCAGUCUAUUUUGUUUUGCCUGUGAAGCCAACUAAAUUAAUGAUGUCUAGUGUGAUAAUCUAAAAAUGAACCAAAGUGGUGUUCUAGUAGCUGUCCAAAUAUGUAUUCUAAAGGGAAAAUUUACCCUUGAACAGGAUUCAAAUAAUUGCUCUUGGACAGAUCAGCCUGUAGUUGUGAACAGGGCCGGGUCUUUUGCAGAUGAAACCAAGACAAAGUCCAGCAUUGUGAGUGGCAGGAAUUCUGUUUUCAGAUGGAUUUUUGCUUUGAUAUUUCAUUUAGUAGAACAUAUAUCCUCUUACUGAAUAAACAACAGGACUAUGCUAAUGGAUUUUGCUUACAACAUUAAUGGAAUUUUUGCAGUUUUACCAAAGACCUGUACUGUUGUUAUUUCUUUUUUGUACUACAUUUCAUCGUUGGUUUUAUUUCAGUAAGAAACCUAAAUUGAGUUUAAAAAAGUAAUCACCUAGUACCUUAAAUAGAUAAUGUUCAUUAACAGUAAUUAAUGGCAUCUUUUUCUAUCUAAAGUUAGCUAUAGUGAGUUGAUACACAAAUGAUCAAAAAUGCAUGGGUCAGAUCCUUACAGAAAUGUGUAUUUGUAUAUUUGAUUUUGUGUUAAGUAUACAUUGACGUUUAUGGCAGGUUUGUGCAAUACUGGCUAGCACAUGCUGACUUUAAGCAAGGAUUCAGUGUCAGUUUAUUUGUUGUCUACAGUGAAGGAAUGUCAAAGGUGAAUGACAUUUGUGCUUCUGAAGUGGCCAUAUAAACUUCACUACAACUACUGUUCUGAAGUUUUGUUUAUUUGUUGAUUUUGCUUAACCACAUAAUCACAAUCACUUUGGAAAUUGAUGGUUAUGCAUUAUAUGCUGUUAUGAUAGGCCUACAGUGACUGUAAGGUGCUUUCUUUCUAUCUGACUGUUUUCUAUUCCUUAAAGCCGUGGUCCAAAUUAGUUUUUGUUUUUUGUAAAAUUACAGGGGACAGAUGAUGAUUGUGACAAAACAUUGAUGGCAGAUACAGACAUAAUUAAAACUGAGUUGUUGUUAUGGUAAUUUGUUGUUGGCUGUCGGUUUCUCUUGUGGUCUACUUGCCCCAAUUCAAAUUUUCUAAAAAGAAAUUAAACUAACAUUCACUUAGUAAGCACAGCUUGCAUUUCUUUACAUUACUUUAGAUUUGUUAAAAUGUAUCUCUAACGGACCAAUUACACAUUCAUGUACAUCUGUGCCUUUAACAAUUACAUUAUGUUGAUUGGUAUCAAGAGAAUAUGUCUGAGACAAAAUAUAACAUGUUUAAUUAGAAUCAAAAUUCCAGUGCCUUACAAUAUUUUUGUGGACCACAAAUGUGAUUGCUAAACAAUUCUGUGCAUUCAAGCUACUUGAGUUGAAAAGGAAAAAGCUAAUCUAAUGAGAUUUGCCUACCAGUUCCACAGCAGGAAGCAAAGGUUAGAAUUGACUGAUAAUUGUCUGUCUCAGUCUGUAUUUGCCAUACCAUUUUAAAAAACAAACAAAAAAAACACAGCAAUACUUGACCAUUGAAUACACAAUUUUGAUCUCAAUUAGUCAUUUGGCACCAAAAACUCAAUUGUUUGUAAGGAAAAGCACCAAAUAGGAAGACUCUUGUAAAUGAACUGUAUUAGAUGUUUCAUUAUGCUCUGCAUUGGAAUAGUUUAAUCUAUUUUGCAUUAUUGUUAGUUGUUGUGUUGUCUUUUUGUUUUUAAUAUUAUGAAAAUGGAGCCUGAAGAUUUAUGCAAUCUUGUACAUGUAUAUGAGUAUGAUGUAUGGAGCUGUUCAAAUUAAGUAAAAUACUAGUACAACAAGUGUUGUCAAAAGUAAAUAAUCUGAAUGUGGAACCAUUUGUUCCAUACACUUUAGAACAGAUCAGUAGAAAUGUUAUUUAACAUUGAAGCCCUGAAAUAUUGAAUGUAUUGUUCUAAAUUAGGUAUUCAAUUAAUAGGUCACUGGAUAUUAUGGAGCGCAGUUAAUUCAUUAUGAUGUAGCAUCUAGUUGUGAACUGCUAUUCAAUAAAAUUUAUUAGAACUAAAACAAAUGCAAGUUUUCAAGUUUCUAUUUGUCAGCAUAAUGCGGAUAUAUAAGGAAAGAAAUGUAUUUUUCUCAAGGUAAUACAGUGAUUUAAUAGAGAAUGUGUUAAAUCUGAGGAAACUGCAUUUCAUAGAUAUAUUUACUUAAUGUCAGUGGGUUUAGACAUUAUUUAUAGAUUAAAAAAUAUGUCCCUUAUUUUGUGACAAGCUGUAUGGAUAUGUAGGAAAUUCUCUACUGAUAAUCGUAGAAAUUAUUCUGUUGGUAUAUCGAAAUUUUUUGUGUUGUGAACACAAAAAUAGGUGCAAGUCUUAGAAUACUAGAUUUUUCUUUUCUACAUUGAGGAUUGUGUACCGCAUAUUUUCUGUAGUGUAUUACUAGUUUGUUAACACUUGUUAAAUUGUAACACUACAGUUAUGCAAUGGUUUACAGAGUUCACAAAGUUAUUUUUAUCAUCUUGAGAAUUAAAAUAAUUUUUCAUCUGAA